AUGUUCAACAUCCUGAAUGCCCCAAUCAUCACGUCUUUGCUGAGUGUUUUGAUCGGCUCUUUAGUCCUUUACUACCUUCAAACAAAGCUCUCAGAGAGAGUCAUAAACAACUUCCAAGCCAGCAAGACAUGGAUCCCAGAAAAUGAGCUAGUCCUGUUGACCGGCGGCAGUGGUGGCAUCGGCAGACAAAUAAUGGAAGAUCUUUCUCGCAAGAAAGUACGCGUUGUGAUUCUCGAUAUCAACCAGCCUACCUUUGAGCUUCCAGAAAACGUCACAUUCUAUCAAACAGAUAUAACAUCGGCCGAAUCUCUUUCCGAAACGGGCGCUGCUAUUAGAAAGUCACACGGAGAUCCGACUGUUAUCGUGAACAACGCUGCUGUUUUCCACCACGGAACCAUUCUCGAAAAGCCAGUAGAGAAAUUGCGUCAGACAUUCGAAGUCAACAUCAUCUCUCAUUUCCUCAUAAUGAAAGAAUUCCUUCCGUUCAUGAUCCGUAUGAACCAUGGCCAUGUCCUUACAAUAGCGAGUAUCGCGAGCUUUGUUACUCUAGGCGAUAUGGUGGACUAUGCUUGUUCCAAAGCUAGCGCUCUUGCUUUUCAGGAAGGCCUUCGGCAAGAGUUGAAAUAUUGGUACAAGGCUCCGAAUGUGCGAACGAGGGACGUCUCUCGGGUAGUGGUGGACCACAUUAUUACUCAGAAAAGUGGUCAGACCAUCGUGCCUAGACAUUCCUCGGUGAUUGGGUCACUCAGAGCCUUUCCACUUUGGCUACAGGAGGCAAUGCGAUCAUACCUGUCGAGGAUUGUCCUCCGAGUGGGUAUUAAGCGAGCAGCUGAUGAAAAUCAUGGUUCCCGUGUUCCUUAA